CUCUGCCCCACUUUUUCCGCCGUCGAUUUCUCUUUCUCUUGCCCUGUGAGUGACACUCUGAUGCCCUGCUAGAAUGUGUGUGUGUUAAACUCCAGCGUGUAAAGACGAGAAGACAGGAGAAGAUGUUUUUUGGCACAAUGUUUGGUUCAAAAGAAAACCCCAUCUUCAUCCUGCAUGGUAAUCACAUCAGUGGAAGAAGGGACAAAUGAGUCUUGAUUCAUGUACCUCUUUCUGAAGUUGUCCGGGAUGAUGGUUAGGCCUUCAAAAUUUAGCAGUAUGUUAAUUAUAACAAGCUUCUCUGGCUGGCGAUUCCAUGACUUCCCUUUACAAGUUUCUUCUCCUGAUUCUCAAUGACCCUAGAGAUGCACCGAGGAAAAAUGCACAUGAUUCCAAGGGGCUGGGAUCCCGGCAGGUUGCCAGAGUGCGAGAUGUUGCAGGAAGAUGAAGCUGAGCUCAAUGUGAUGGAUUUUGUAGAGACAGAGUACAAACCGGAGAAUAAUGAUGAGAUGAGAAUAACCAAGCGGAAACUCCCAAAGGAGAGGAAGAUCAGAAGUAAAAAAUGCUGGGGAGUAAGCGCAGAGAAGGUCAAGGAUACAACAAAAGAGACGAAAGCAAAGAAUAACCGGAAGAAAUUCAGAGCUACUCAGAAGCUUCCUCCUCCUCCUCCUCUCACAAGAUCAUUCACAGAUUCAGACUUAGCUGUCGUCUGUCCUUAUGCAACAUGCUUGAAAAAUCUCUGUGACAGAGUAGGCACCAUUCAGGACCCAGAACCAGAACCCUUGCCUCCAAGACUCUUCAACCAGCUUCAACACCUGGAAGUCCACUACCCGUACGCUGCUCUCUUGAAGGAAUUAUAUCUCAAUGCUCAAGCUGAUACCAACAACAUUCCGUCCAUGAGGCCAGAGCGUGACUGCCAAGAGCUAGGAGUUUUUGAGUUAAUGAAGACUCUUAACCAUAAAACAGGAAUUAAAUCAAAGACCUCAAAACAAAGUCAUGCAAACACCAAUGACUUUGAAACACCCUUCAGCACAAUCCUCCGUGCAUUAUUCAUGAAAUAUAAAAACUGUAACUCUAAAAGGCAUUGGAGAGAGAGCAGCAAUAAGAGAACCGGUGAUUUAAAUGGUAUAGGUAAAAUCUUGCAAAAAUCCAUGACAGAGCCACAUGCUGAAGACUUGCCUUUGAAAGAAUUGCAUUCUUCUGCACUUUUACAUAGAAUAUCUCUUUCUAUUCAGCAAAAGGAAAAUUGUAUAGUUGGAGAAUCUCUUCAGAAAGACGGUGAUAAUCCUCACAAGACUCCAGAACAGUCAACAACUGAGUCUUCGCAUAGCGAAGCAGAUGAUUUAGAAUGGAAGCCAAGUAGAUCAAGAAAGAAAGCAGCCAAUGGAUUACCAAUACAAAAAAGGCGAAAGUCAGAGAGAAGAAAAAAGAGGUCACAAAGUAAGCCCUCUUCUUCAAAAAGAGAGAGUAUUUCAACACUAAAUGAAGAAUCGGUUUGUGCUAAGGAAUUAGAUGGUAAAGUUACAUCAGAGCCUGUAGUUCGUUCAAGGCUCCUUCAGCUGAUUAUUGGCAAAGAUCAGGAUAAAUUAAGUAGUUGCCUUGAGAAGUUAUCUGCCAGAAAUUUAAAAGUGAAGAAUGAAAAGAGAGCAGGUGUACCUAAAGACCAGGGAAAGAUGAAUGAAUUAAAAGUGAAAAGCAGAAAAAUCCCAGGCAGUAAAAGUAAAAAGUGUCAGCUCCAGCAUAAAGUGGCUGCAGCAGAAGAAACCAAAAAUGGGGAAAGGAAUUCCAAAAGGGGAAAUAAGGGGUCAUUAAUGGUUGCAGGCAAAAUGCAAGAAAGUGAUGCUAGUGGUAGUCAGAUUCUGUUGGAGUCUAAUGCCAGUGAACAGCAGAGCCUUCUGAAGGAAUACCUAUUAAAGCCAGCCGGUGAAGAAAUCAAAACAGAGAAUGACUAUGAUAUGCCGAAGGUAGAAACAAACUUUUUGUUCAGCCGCAUGCUCCAAAAUUUCAAGAUAUUAGCAGAAGCCAAUCACUCUGAGAGCAUUUCGGAAAGAGAACAAGAGACUUCAAGUGUUACAGAUAUUUUACGUGAAAUGUUGGUGGGUGGAAACACAGAUGAGGAGUUGAAGAUUGAUGUUGACACUCACAAAGACACAAAAGAUGACAAAAGUUUGAUCCAAAGUGUAAUCCUCCAAUGUCCACAGACAAAUUGCUCCAAUAGACAGGAUCCAGUCUGCAAAGUUGAAUGUGAUAAUAGUGUAGUCUGUAAAAUAGAAUGUGAGGAAGACAUUUGCAAAGUGGAACACGAGGAAGAUUGUUAUGAAUGCCAAGUGUGCCACCUACAGUUUUCAUCUGCAAUUGACCUCUCCACUCACCAGGUACUGUUCCAUUGCAGUGAAGACCCUGAAGCUUCCAGCACCCACAUGUUGCUGUCCCACAGUGUUGAUAAUUUAACAAGUAAUGCAUUGCAGAACAAACUUCCUGCUUGAUUGGGUUUGACAGUCUACCUGGUCACUUGUGCUUCCUAGAGUGUACCACAAUUAUUUAUGUGAUCAACCUUCUUCAUCUGUUCACCGUGCAAUAUGUACAAAUAUUUUUAGGGAAAAGAUGAAUAGAUUUUAGGCUUAUGAAAAAUAAUAGAUGUAUGCAUUUAGAUGAGAUUUCAUUUAUGCAGAAUGUUAAAGGCAAGUAAUUAUCAUUGUCAUCAUAUCAAUCUAUGUAUAUUAUAAUUAUUAACACUGAUAUUUAUUUUUCGAUGAUGAUUUUAAAAAGUUACAUCUACUUGGUGUUAAGACUGAGUCCGUCCAAAAUGAACAGCCAGUUACACAAGUCCUCAAUUGUUCUUUCAAAAGUGGCUGUUAUUCAGGAAGUGAGUGCAAUUAAUAAAUAGAUAUAUAAACAACCCAGUACUUAGAUUAGUAGGCAACUAUCUUCUUUUGGUGUUGUUGUUAUUGUUGUUACUUGUGCAUAGAAUGAUUUUCUUUCCAUCUCAAAUAUUUAACAUCUUAUCGAAGGACCAGUCAUUUGUAAAGUCACAGAAAUAAACUUCUAGGAAAUGUAGGUGAUCUAUUCUUAUAUUCUUGGGAUGUGUACAAAACCAGAUAUAUUAUUAACAUAUUGCAGUCUAUUUUAGUGUUAAUGUUGCAGUUAAAGUGCUUGUGUGUUUAGAAUCGUUGGGUUUUCUGAAGAGUUAUUUAGCAUGAAAUGUGUAGUUAUUGUAUAUUGGUAGGUGAAUGCAGUAGGUAUUUAUUUUAUUCUGUUGUAGAUUUUGUCAAAUUGGUACUUACAUAUCAACAGGAAAAAGGUUAUAAGAAAUUUCUUUUAAAUUAAACCAAAGAAGAGUCAUAACAAUUGGUUUUAAACCAUUUAUAAUUUUAUGGAAAAUAUAGAUUUCAGCACAGUUAUAAAUUACAGUCACUGUCCCAAAGACACUCUGCUUGAUGAAUAUUAAGAAAAAAUAUAUACAAUGGUCAGAGGUUGUUGUGGCAUGAUAAUGUUAAACUUUAGUGUUUGAUAUUUUUUUUGUUCUGUGCUGAAGGAAUCUCUUUGUGUCUGUACAUGUACUGUUUUCUUAAGUAAACUUUAAAAAAUUAUAUAAUGGCAGCACCAGGAGAGCUUUUUUGUUGUAAUUAUUUAAAUGUCAGAAGUGCUUUUGUGUCAGUACUUGGGUUUUCUAAAAUGUAUUAGAACCAGUGUGUUUGAGAAUUUAGCAUCAUGUAAAAGUGAUACUUUGCUUGAUUUUUUUUAUAAGACUUUUUUUUCUCUGUAAUGCAUAUACCCUAUUUUGUAAAGUCUAAAGCUUACUCACUGCUAAUUUGUGCCAAGUGAUAUAUAUAUUUAUAAUCUGACCUGUGAGGAUUUCAACCCAUUGAGACUACAAGUGCACAUAUACAUGCACUGUCCACUGUGGUUUUGUUCUAUUAAUUAUGUCUACUUACAAACGGCUCCAGAAGCACCUAAUUACCCCAGUCCUUGAACUUUUGGAAAGGUCUUUAUUUUAUGGCUUUUUAUUGUUAGUAGCACUAUAAGAAUAUGAGUAAGAUUUAAAAUAUCAGUAGUGGUAGUAUCAGUAACAAGAGUAAAUGCAAAGUUUGGGGUGAAAAGGUAUAACCAGAUGGGCCCAGGUAAUUGACAACUUGGUAACUAAGUGCUUGUGAAGUUGUUUAUGUGUAAACAAAUUUGAUACAAAGCAAAACCAAUGGGUUAACUAGCAAAUAUGCUUUUUCGAAACAUACAAUAAGCAAAGGAUUGUACCUGAAUGAACAUCAGGCAGUUUUUAUUAAAUGAGGUUAAAGGGAAGAGAAUAAGACAAUCCAAAGAAUAUGCUAUAGCACUAUUUCUGAGACUGGAUGUUUCUGCUUCGGUGGUUUUUGAUGAUGCUAGUGGUAGAUGGUUUUAUGUUUGCAGUACCAUACGUGAUAGUACUCGAGAUCCAGUCUACUGUUUGACCAAACCUGAUCUUUAGUAUUUUGUUUAUGGCUUUCAAAGAUUUUUUCUUUCUUUCUUUCUUUUUUUUUUUUUUUCUAAGAGUUCAGCUCAAAGAAAUGAUAAUUCAUAUCCUAAGUACAAAUAUACCUUGAAGCCAUUAUGCACACUUUAUUUUGUCAAACCAAAAAACAUUUAGUUCUGAUGUCAAUGUUAACAAAAUUAGUUUUUGGAUGAACACACAUUGUCUGAAUAUUAUUUUUAGGAUUAGAAAAGUGUCCUAGUUGUCAUUGUAUGUAAGCACAGAUAGCCUUGUAAUGUAUUUGUAAUGAAAAUGCUUCAUGGAAAUGUCCGUAGCCCCUUUGUGAGACACUGGAACCUCAUUAUUCAGUUAUGUGAUCCAUAAAGUUUAGUUAAUAUUAAGGCAUAUAAAAAUGGACCGAGUGAUAUAACAUGCAGCAUACCCCCAUGCCUUAUAAAUGAUAAGUGUGGUAAGUCUUGCACUCUUUUCAUCAAGAAGUUAUCAGAAUAAUUAGUAAAGAUGCUGAGAGACCAGUGCCUUUUUUACACAUCUAUCCUAUAUUUACUAAAGCUCUUUAUAUAAUUUUAGUUCUCUCUCAAUUUUGUAAGAUGGGUAAACAAAUAGAGGUUAAUAAUUAUCAGGUUAAUUUUGAAAAGAAAGUAUAUGAUACCUUCCAGUACCAUGGGUUGGAAGAAAAGUUAAAUGGGCAGAAUUUGAUUAUUAGUAUACCCUUUUAUUUUAUCCACAAGAUGUGCCACUUUCAAAAUCCUCUAACAUUGUCAAGAUAUCUGGUCAUCCUCAAAAGCAUUGGAACACCAGAAAGAAGACUUACUUAAAAUUCUCUAUCUUUAUGUAGCUAUAUUACCAAGAAUGCUGAAGGCACCCAACUUUGACUUCAUUGUGCAGGAGUUUUUUUUAUAUACAACUUUGAACGCUGUAAACCAAGCUGUAUGUCAGUUAUCACACUGAUGAACAGAAGAAAGAACCAAAAAUAUGAGAUGCCAAUCAUAGUAAUUGGAAUGUCUUCUGGUAUCGAAUCUUUGUUUUUGAAAAAAAAAAAAUUUAAAUGCAUGGUUUUUUAACAAAUUAGGUACCUCUAAAAGGUAAAAUGGAGAGUAACAAUAAUUGUACAAUUAGGUUUUCUAAGACCUGGGUGAAGAAAGAAUUACCCAAAUUAAUACCUGUGCCAUUAUAGAAUGUUAGCCUACCAUAAGUUCUGUAUUUUAACUAGAACAGAAUAAGAGACCUGUCACUGUUCUGAGGGGAGGGGGGGGGGGGGAGACUGAAGGGUGCUAAUGUACAGUUUACUCUUUGUGUAUAUCUUCAUUGUGUAUAAUUUGGCAAAUGCAAAAAUUUACCUUUCAAGGUGUGAUGUCUACAAAGUUUCCAUUUAAUUUUUAUUGUCUGUGGUUCAUGCAGGUAAUUAUACAUUUAUUGAGUAAUUCAUCACAGUGAGUACCAAUAUUGUGUGCCUGAUCUUGCAUUGAGACUGUGUGUCUUUACACAUCCAUAUUGUAACUAGAUCUUGAUUUUAUGGAAUGAAAACCAUAUUGUGUGUAUAUCUAAAAGGUAAUAUACCUGGCAAUGAAAUGAAAUUGCCAAGAAAAAAAAAAAGAAAAGCAUGAAAUUUCUUUUACCCGGUUCUUCGUAAACGUGCCCGCUAUCUGCAGUUUAUUGGAGGCUGUCAGAGGAAAAUUCUAGGAGUCAAAAUAACAACAAAUGCAAUUGAGAAGUUUUCUAAAAUAUAAAUUUUUUAUAAAAGGCCCAGUUGUGAAUGUAUUCGAUUUUGAUUAAUUUCCUCAUACUCUUUUAGGUUCCCAUAAUCCAUGAGUCAGUUCUCCUUGUCAUAGAUAUCUGGUCAGUAGAUUGCUAAUGACCAUAGUUUUCAAUUGUUUAAUUCUGGGUAACUGAAUGAUAAAGAUCAUAUUAUAUUAUAGUAAUACUGGUGUAUUUCGGAAGUUAUUUGAUAUAUUAUUUGAAGCUGCCAAUUUACUUAUUUGUAGUCUUAGGUUGAAGUAAUAAGCAUGAAUAUGAUAAAUCAGUAAACACUUAUGAGCCUCGACAUUUGUAAAAGUGUUUGACUUUCAGAAAUGUAUGUUAAAUUAGUGAAAAUCUCUUAUAUACCAUAUACAUUUCAACUUUUCUCUAGUUUGCACAUGAGUAUAUAUAUGUAGCAUUUAGUAAAUGUCCUAUUGAAAUAUCUUGUCUCUUUGAUGGUUUGUGUGGUUGCUUUAUUUCAGUACAUUUACUUAUCAAGUCUCAGAAAUUUUGAAAUUUUAUUUUAGAUAAAAUCAUGUGCUGUGAUACUGUAAGGAAACUACAGCAACAUUGCCAUUGGUUUUGAUGGUUUAAUACCAUUGAAAACCCUAGUAGCAAUUUUUUUUUGUUUUAGCUGGUGCAUCAAAUCCUCAAGAAAAUGUACAAUGUACCAAAUGUACUACUAUUUAAAGAAACUGGGGUAACAUUGCAAAUGGAAUUCCUUUGUAAUUAGUCAUAUAAAUGAGCAUUCAGAAAUCCAUUUACACAGAGAAUUAAACCAUUUUUUUUUUUUCCCCCCAGUUGUGUCCUUUUUUUUUUCUCUUUUUUCUCCAGCAGGAUAGAUUCUAGCUCUAAGCCUUCCUUGCCCUUACCAGUGUUGGCAGCAUCAAGGAGUCCUUACAUUGGUUCCCUGCCUUGCUCUUGUGUGAAAUCCCAGCCAGAUCAGUAUGACAAGAAAAAUUAUGUGAAGCAUUUUCUAGAAUAAAAAAUACUUUGACAGACUUAAAUAGCUGCACAAUUUUGUUUGUUUGUGAGUCUAAAUGAUAGAAAUUGUAUGUUAUCUUUUGUUACUAUUUUCAGUAUUCUAUUUUGUAUUUUGUAAGGAGAAUUUGGGGGCUGCAGUUUGUAUUGUUCUGAUAUUUCCAUAAAUAUAUAUAUGUAUAAAUAUAUAUAAUUAUAUAUAAAUAAAUAAAUAACAUUUUAUUUAUUUAUUUAUGUACACAUUGUAGGUUUAUUUGUCCACGUUAGAUAAAGACACAAUAGCAAAGAUUCACAUAUUUAAUGUUGUUGAAAAUGUUUAUGAAAUGUAAAAUAAAUAUAUAUAUCUAUAUAUAUUCCUGUUAA